AUGGCUUCGCGAACAUUCAUGCCUCUUCGGAGGUCAUUGGCACAGAUGUUGCCUCGAACGAGUCGCAGUGCAGGGAGACUUGUGCGUGGAUAUGCCACGGAGAACUCGUCGCGGCAGAAGCAGCAAUUCACCGUUUGGCGACCCUACUUGCGUUUGGCGGUUGGAGUGCCGUUUAUCGGGAUGAUUAUUUAUUCCAUGGCUACCGGCGAAGUCACCGACCUCGAUGCUCCCUCCAUCGCCGAGCUGGACGCAGCUCUGAAACAAUCCUCCGAGAUCACCGAGUCAUCGCCCAUGCGUCUACGAAUGGAGAAGUUGAUCAAGGAUCACCAGCAACAGAUCAUUGCCGAACUUGCCCGGAUAGACGGCAAGGAGUUCAAGCAAGAUAGCUGGACGCGACCCAACGGCGGCGGCGGGAUCUCAUGCGUCCUGCAGGACGGCAACGUCUUUGAAAAAGCCGGCGUCAACGUCUCGGUGGUAUACGGCGAAUUGCCUCGACCGGCGAUUGAAAAGAUGCGUGCCGACCACAAAUCCUUCGUGGGCGCCGACGUCGACUCGCUCAGCUUCUUCGCGGCGGGUCUUUCCCUCGUGUUGCAUCCGCAUAACCCCAUGGCUCCGACGGUGCACUUGAAUUACCGGUACUUUGAGACCUCGGACCCCAAAGACCCUCUCAACGGGGACAAGAACUGGUGGUUUGGCGGUGGCACCGAUCUGACGCCGUCGUACCUGUUCCCCGAGGAUGCGCAGCAUUUCCACAAGACGAUCAAGGAAACCUGCGAUCGACACGAUCCGACCUAUUACCCCAAGUUCAAGGCCUGGUGUGACAAGUACUUCUUUAUUCCGCACCGCGGCGAAUGUCGCGGUGUUGGAGGUAUCUUCUUCGACGACCUCGACGCCAAUUUCCUCCAAAGUUCAUCGAGCUCUUCGUCCAAUCCGCAGGAAACUCUAUUCUCAUUCGUCUCCGACGGUCUGGCGUCCUUCCUCCCAUCAUAUGUUCCCAUCAUUGAGAGACGCAAGGAUAUGCUCUUCACCCCGGAACAGAAGCAGUGGCAGCAGCUGCGGCGAGGCCGUUACGUCGAGUUCAAUCUGGUGUAUGAUCGUGGAACAAGCUUCGGUCUCCGAACGCCUAAUGCCCGAGUCGAGAGUAUCUUGAUGAGUCUGCCACGCACGGCCAGCUGGGCUUACAUGGAUCCGGUGUCAGGCACAAGGACGGAAAGUAUGCAUGUUGAUGAGGAGGAUUUGGGCGAGGACAAGGUCAAGGAGAAGGAGAUUAUGGAUGUGUUGAAGCAUCCUCGUCAAUGGGCUUGA